GAAAAUCAAUGGUUGAUGCUUUUUGUGUGUCGUUCCAGAAAAGUUGGUAGUAUCGGCGUCAAAUCAUACUAAACUUGGUGUUUAAUUCGAAACAUUGGUGUAGCUACGUGGAGCAAAAGAGAGUAACCAUGAGAGCUAUGAGUGGAAAGGAAAUUAUAUCAUUUUGCCUAGCAGCGUUUACGUGUUUUUCAAUUGGUGGAUUUUACAGAUUAGAUCUUAUUCGCUACGACCAGAACGAUAUACAAAUCGCACCCCCGAUUGCUCCACACUGGUUGAUACGGAAUGCUAGCGGAGUAAGAAACAACCUGCUGGAACCAGAAGUCAACGUGGAGAGUUCUUCCCAUCUUCAAAAUGAAACAUUGCAAUCUGAAAAUAGGCCACUUUGUUACCGUCAGGUUCAGAUAUGGAAAGGCAGCACGAGCCCCCAAAUCCCGGAAAAAUCUAAAUGCCCAGGGCUUGAAUGUGGAAUUAGUUUUGUCCAGGACAAAAGUUACAAGACCAUGGUGAAAAGUGACGCUAUAGUUUUCUAUCAUAGAUCGCAUUGGGAUUGGACAGAGAUGCAGAGGAGACGCCCAUUAAACCAAGCCUGGGUUUUCUAUUCCUUAGAGAGUCCUCGACACACAGGCGGAAAUGCAGUACCACCCAGUAAAUAUGACCGCAUAUACAACUACACGAUAUCGUACAGGCCAUCGUCAACGAUACUUGGUCCGUAUGGUCUUUAUGAUAAGACCCUACCGCAGAUUUCUUCUCAUGGAAAUCGAAAUUGGGCCAAGGAGAAAACUGGAUUAGUGGCCUGGGCUGCAUCAAAUUGCGGUACAGGUUCUUGGAGGCGUUAUGAAUUUGUUAAAAAACUCGCGAAGCACGUCAGCGUCGACAUGUAUGGAGGUUGUGGAAACAUAAAGUGCCCUAAGAACUCAGAUGACUGCUGGAAGCGCAUUAGGAGUCAUAAGUUCUACCUGGCAGUGGAAAACAGCGAAUGCAGGGACUACAUCACAGAAAAGUUCUGGUGGAAUUCUCUCCUCCAUGACAUUGUACCCAUCGUCUAUGGCCCUCCACGGGAAGAUUAUGAGCGCGUUGCGCCCCCAAAUUCAUUUAUACAUCUACAGGAUUUUAAAAAUUUUGGUGAACUCGUCGAUUAUAUACAUCUUCUUGAUUCAAAUGAUACCUUGUACAAUUCAUAUUUUGAAUGGAAGCGAGACGGGUCAAUACGGAGGAUGGCAAAAAGCAACAUUCUAAUUGCACCAUUUAUGUGUAAAGUAGUCGCGAAAGUAUUGGAUCAUGAAAAGAAAUUAACCGGUCGUUACAAGGGAGAGUACCAGGGAGAGGAAAAGGAGCAUCCUUCCAUACACGAUUUCUGGUCAAACUCUUGCAUUAAACCAACUGGCUUCCCACAUAAUUUCUAAAAUGUGAGGAACGACGGUUUCUAGAUUUAAUCUCCAAUUUUUGAUAUUUUUAAAAGUCAAUUCAACCUUUGUUAUAAAUGUAUGUGAAAGCAAAAAUGAAAAAAAAAAAAAACAGGGGGGGGGGGGGAAACAACAGAAUUUUAGAAAUUAAUCAGACGAAUUCCAAAAACGGGACAUCGAUUUAUUUUAUUCAGGCAUAGAAUUUAUCUUACUAAGGAGUGGUCCGUUCGAUAACCCGGACAAAACAUUACAUUUUUGAACAAAUGAAAGAAGUUCUGCAGAUAAAAAAAGAGAAAUUAAGUGUACCUUGAUUAAAAAGGUUUGAUUGACGCCAUGCAUACAAUUUUAAAGCUGGGCAUUUGAUUCUUCGGGGAUCACAUAAAUAUUAAUCAUGGUUCAUUGCACUAACCUGUUAAAUCGCUUUGCCCGGGUCUACAUUGUAGUUAAUGUAAGUCACUAUCAGGAUUUGGAUAUUGUACUUAGUACUUUGGAUAUUGUAAUUCCAAACACCGCAAAUAAUGGUAUUGGGAGUCUCUCAUAUCCAUACAAAUAUUUGAUAGUCUGUAUUUAGCUAAUGUAACAAUGUGACGGUAUCAUAUUCGUAAAAGUGUCAAGUUUAAGUCUACAAUAUGAUAAUGGAACCGUAUCUUUUAAAAAUAAAAGCUUCUUCCCAUCAGUUAGACUUGUUACAAGAAAGAUAGCAUUCAUCUACCUACUCAUCCCCUUUGUAACUCAUGCUUUACAUCCGGUACAAAAUGGAUACCCUGAAUAACACACAUGACAUAUUGUUUUGAUUUGUUGUAUUACAUAAAAUACAUCUUGUCUUUUGCGACUAUCACCUAGGUCACUAAAAUUCAUGGGCACAAACAUAAUAUUACCCUGCAUCAUACAUUAGUCUGUUUAGGAGGGGAAAGAAACAAAAUUAAUUUCAAACAAAGUCGAACCAUUGAUAUUGUAUCAUUACAAAUAGCUGUUAUUUUUAAUGUCAUUUUAUGUUACUAAAAAGCAUUUUUCACGUUUUACCGAGUAAUAGAAAUAUAAUUACUGGAAAUGAA